ACUGAAAGUAUUUUUACAACAGUUAUCAUCACCUCAUUAGAAAACCUCAAUAGAAAACGGCGGAAAUUUAACGUCACUAUCAUCUUAUAAAACGGCAGCUCUGGACUGGCUCCGAUGGCAAGGCGGACACAAGGGAGAGAGGAAAGGGGAGAAGAGCGCCAAUCAAGAGCAAUCAGCUGAUGCAGGGCGGGAGUCACAGGCGUUCAAACUUCAAACAUUAGCUGGGAAGUGUUGCCGUGAUGGAGCCGCGGGGACUGCUGGCAGGCACCCUAACACACACUCUGCUCUGAGGUGACAAGGGGGUGAAGGGCACUGAGGCACGGGAUGAAGAGGAACAAGGACCCCACCACCCCAGGGUCACCUCCUGAAAGGUGGGGAGAGCAACCCCUCAAGCCAUACUCCUUCCUCCUCCCCCAGGGGCACCGUGGCUCCUCCAGGGUGGUGCCGGACACCCCCACCAACACCCCCAAGUCCCUGACAGACACUUCUAGGGUGACCAUGGUGCUGGAGACCCCUGAAGAUCUGAUGGGGGAGUCUGGGAUGCUGGACAGUCCUGGGGGAGGUCCUGAGGGCAGCACAAGUAAUCCCCUGGCGGCAGUAAAAUUGCGACGACGAAAGAUACUGUCAUUCCUGGAGUCUGACUUUUCACAGGGGGAGGACGGGAGUACAGCGUCCUCAGACAAUGACACAGUGGAGAGCCAGUUGACCCCCAAGGAGCAGCGGCUGUGGUCCAAGGUGCUGCCGGCCCUGGGGACACCUCAGAACAGCCGCAAGCGUAGAUCCAUGGCCAACAUCAUUGUGCCCUCAGACCUCAACGACAGGGACUUCCUUGCCGCCAAGCUCAGCCACAUCCAGCAGGAGGAGGAGAGUGCCAGGGCCAGGCGGCGGUCCAGCACACACAGCACACCACGAGCGGCCCCUACCACCCCAGAGGUGACAAGGAGGGACCCACAACAGGCAUCCACAAGCAGCAGGGCCAGGCAGGGCAGGACCUCUGUGCUGGGAACACCACGGAAAUCUUGGAUGAGGGACAGGGGGAGUAGAGAGUGUACCACUACCACCACCACUGCUACCACCACCACUACCACCACCACCACCACCACCACAGCAGAGGACUGCAACGCCACAAUACUGUUCAAUGACGAGGAUUUGCAGUUAACCCCAGUACACUGUAGAGAACGGCCAGAGAUGGAAGGUGACAGACAGACCACUACUACUACUGCUGCUACUGCCACUCCUACAGGCACCUCAGAGGACGCUUUGAGGCACCUACAGACACGUAAAAGCCCCCUGCUGCAGCUGAGGAAGUUCAACACAACAGCAACGCAAAAAAUGGUUAAGGAAUUGAAGGAGGUGCCACCGAGAACUAGGAGAGGGGAGGAGCUUGGAGGACCUGAUUGCCUUCCUCUGGUUCUUCACUCCACGCCACAGAGGAAGGACGGUUCUUCUGGUUCUGCUGGUUCUGCGAAGGACCCAAGUUGUGUUCUGAAGGGUGUGGUGGCUUAUGUGGAGGUGCGAGUGGAUGGAGAGAACAGAUCGGCAGUCAUCAAGGAGCAACUGGGGACUUUAGGGGCUAAGGUGGAAGCUAGGCUCACUCGAAACACCACCCAUGUUAUAUUCAGGGACGGAUCGAAGGCAAUGUUCCUCCGAGCCAGGGAGCGGGGGCUACACAUCCUGUCUACACUGUGGGUGGAGGCUUGCAGGGUCUCCCUCAGCCGGGCACCGGAGAGCAAGUACCCCAGCACAUCCAUGGAGACUUACUCAUCCGACAUCCAUAUCCCCAAGAAAUUUAGGCGGUCAAUGCACGUGAAGAACAUCGAGGAAGACCUGAAGUUGGCGGAGGCGAGGAUGCGACGGCGGAAGAGAAAUGCUCCUGCUCCUGCUGCCACGCCCCCCACUGACCCCAUUCCCCCCGGAUACUGCACACCGCGCCACAGACUUCUGAGGGAGGAUGUCAACUCUCCACUGUACAGCAUCAGACACCUACUCUCCCCUCACUUGAAAGGGAGCUCGUCUGGGUCCUGUGGGGAGGAGGAGGAGGAGGAAGAAGAGGAAGAUGAGGAUGGUAUUUGCACUCCGCUGGCCAAGAGACUCUUUAAGAAGUUCAUGUUACGUCAGGAGGCCAGCAAGAGGAAGGUGGCGAGUCAGGAGCUUGUGGCGGAGGCAGUGUCAUCAGAGGCUGGAGGAGGCAGGGCAAGUGGGACGGGGGAUGCCUCAGACAGCCUAGAUGGAGGCCAGGACAGCUUAAAGUUACGUCUGGAGGAAAGCGACUCGUUCUCCAGGCGGGCAAGUUCAGAGAUGGGGAGUGAGAACAACAUGUCCUUGCCACGGAGACUCAGCGUGGAGGUGGUGACUUGUGAAGGCAACUCACUGCCCAGGCAACUCACAGAGGAGGCACCCAAUGAGUCAGUUCCACCAAGAAGGCCUGGACUAAGCCAUGGCGAGUCAUUGGAGUCACUACCAGUAAGACUUGAUAGAAAUGAGGUGAUGAGUUGUGAGUUGCCGGUACCCUUCGCUGAUUCAUCAGGAGCAAGUCAGGACGAGUUUGCAUUACCCAGAAGACUUACCAGCAGCUGUACAAAGGCUGAGGGGCAAGGCGGGACACCUAGAAGCAGAGGAAGUGGUUGUUUUGGAUCAGUGGACUCAAGCAGUAGUGGAUCUAUGGUGGAGACUCCGGUUGUGGCCAGGAGGAGGCAGUCUGUGAGGCUCAGGGCAAGGCUGCCGGAGAGUGAGGGGUUCAGCGAGGGCGAGGAAUGGGAGAUGAGACGAGGUAACAAGAAAAACAGUAGCAAGACUGACCAGAGCCCCACACCUUUAGCGGCUGAAGAAACUGCACCCAAAAACAACAAGAAGAACAUUACCAAAGCAAAUUUAAACCUUGUAGAAGAGACCACAGCCAAGACCAAACCAGACCCUGCAUCAUUAGUCCCAAGAGAAGAACCCACACCUGAAAACAAGAAAGAGAACAACAGCACCAAGACCAGCUCAACCAUAGAGACCAUCCCAGCAUCACAGAUUGCAUUUCCCAGCACCCAGAUCAGCUGCUCCCAGAGGGGCCGCCGACGCCUCAUGACCCUGGACGACGAGAUAGUGCCCUCGCAGGACCUCAUCACCCCUGCCACCCCAAAGGACAAAUGCAAGGGACCCUACGACCACCUCCUGCACCCUCAAGAUAGGAAGACAAAGAGGAAGCGUUUAAGCCGUGAAUUGUUUGCGCAGAGGAACACAAACGACACAAACUCAACCAAUGCCGUCUCAGCCUCCACAGCCCCCAGCACUUCAGGGAGUGGGACGACUGGGACGAGUGAGUCUAGCAGGGCAGGCCGUAGCAGUUCAAGCAGGUCAGACACACAGAAACAUAAGGAAAGCUCUGGCGAUGACAGCGUGUUUGGCGAAGAGCGUAUUGUUAUGCUGCCACGCUCUCGGCGGUCCACAGAGGAAUUCAAGAUGGUGGCCGGCCGUCCCAAGCCCCGGGGGAGUGUCAGGAAAGGCUGCGGGAAGAGGAAGAGCUGCCCCCCUAGCCGGUUCUCCUCCUCAUCCUCCUCUGGUUCCUCUUCCUCUUCCAUGUGUCUCACUAGUCUGCACUCCAGCGACAAGAGAACCGUAAUACCAAUCAUUCGGAAGCUGGGAGGGUACCACGUGGGAGAGGGCGUGGACCAACAAACCUCCCAUGUGGUGUGCGGGGAGCAGAGACGCACCCUCAACCUGCUACUGGGCAUCGCAAGGGGCUGCUGGGUACUGGAUGUGUCAUGGGUGUAUCGGUCUCUGGAGGGCAAUGCAUGGGCCCCUGAGGAACCCUUUGAGUUGACGUCCUUUGCCCCGGGAGCCAAGGCAUGUCGGCAGCAACGUGAGGCACAGGGCAGUUCGUACCAACACACUCUGUUCUCCAAGGUGGGGGGGGUGUGUGUGCUGGAUGGCAGCUCCCCCCCAGCAGCCCAGCUCAAGGAGCUGCUGGAGCUGUGUGGUGCCUCUGUGGUGCCCAGCGUGCGUAAUGCCAAGCUGGUGGUGGGCGGCGGUGAUGGCUCCCACAACACCCUGGGCAGGAGGAGGCGAAUCCAGGUGACCCAUGUUUCUGAAAAGUGGGUCCUUGAUUCAAUACAGCAUCACAGACUCCACCCAUUACAGGACUAUAUUCUAAGCUGACAUUUGGGGUGUUUAUCAAUAGUAUGGGGAUCUGUGCCUUAUCUUGUGCUUAGAUCUUCAUGUCAGACUCUAUAUUAUGUCUCAAAAAAGGUGUUCUGCCAGUCGUUGGUAAGGUAUUAGUGUUUUAUCCUAUCUGUCAUUAAGUUUGGUUAUGUUCAGGUUACAAGGGCAGAUACUGUGACGUCUCUACUGUACUGUGCCCUGUUGUUGGAAAGAUGCUUUAUCAUAACCUUGGCUAUCUUUAAUUAAAUUUCUAUGGUCUGUUUUCAUCAAGAUAUUAAUGUUCUGUCUUUGUUUUAGCUACCUGUGAUUACAUUUGUAAGGCUGUAUGGUUCAAAUGAUCAACACUAGCACUGUCUUCCUCACACACAGCCCAGUACUGCCCUAUCACCAGAAAGACAAGUUUAGCACAAAAGACAGCAGUUUAGCACAAAAGACAGCAAUUUAGCACAAAAGACAACAGUUUAUCUUCACCUUAGCUAUCUGUAAUGAAAUCUUAAGGCUCUAUAGUUCAAAUUAUUAGUGCAAAUAGGAUGUCUGCUUCCAACACAUGCCUAUCUUGACGUUAUCCAUCUUGAAUGAAAUCUUAAGGUUCUGUAGAUUAAAUUAUUAUAUCCCAUUCUUACAAUCCCCUAUUAAUUUACCUUCAACAAGAAUCUCAGGUAUGUUUAGACAAAAGUGAAUGAAAACUCCAAAUAUCCUGUAUUCACCCACAUUCUGUCCCUUACCCUGAAGUCCUGAAGCCCUGACAAGUCCACCCACACGUUGCCAAACCUCAGACCCCCGCCAGAUCAGGGAUUAAGGGAAGAAAAUUAGAAAACAAGGGUAGGGUUAGUAAAUGUUAGUAUGUAACUUGUGACGGCUGUACAUAGUGAGGUCAGUGUACUAGGGUGUGCGUGUGUGUGUGUGUUCGGGUAAAUGUUUGGGUGUUUGUGUAUACAUGGGUGAAUAUACAGGUUAGCCAGUAUCAAACGGUGAAUUUUUAAUUUUUUUGUGGGUGUCUUUGGUGUUGUGUUUAUUGUGUAAAGCUAGAGGGGUUGUGAUGCUUCUCUUUGCAUUCAGGGUGUGGCCAGGAGUGUCUAAAUUCUUUCGUUUUCUACUUGGUGUUUUGAAUGUUUGUCUCUCCUAAUGCACUUUUAUAAUAUUGAUAGAUAGUUAUUUCUCAAAGGUAAUUAACGUCGUCUGUUCAGAGCCAUUUUUCACAAUGUCGAUAAAUAUACAUAUUUUUCUACGCUAACUUAAAAGGUUGUUCGUCCAAAGCCAUUUUUAUAACUGAUAAGUCAACAUAUUUUUCUAAUUCAAAAGGUUGAGCCAUUUUUCAUUAAGUCAAUGGCUGUUGUGUCUUGUGUUAUGUGUGUCACUCAUCCACUCAGCAGGAAUUGUUUGUUGUUUGUGUUCAUGUACAUUUGUUUGCUCAGUUAGUGACUUUAUAAUGUUGGUCUUCCUCUUUUCAUUAUCUGCUCCUCCUCCUUCCACUUUUACCUUAAUUAUGUCUCUAACACUCUCUCUCUUUCUCUUUUUCUCUCCCUCUGUCAAAAUACACUGACAAAUAUGUAAAGCUGCAAUGAAACAAAGAAAGAGAUCAUUUGUA